GCAGACAUUCACAGGAAGCUGGACCAGCGAUGGCUCUGCUGAAGGUUCUGCUGCUGCUGGGACUGGGUGUUUCAGUGAACUCAGCUGUUUCUCUGCAGAAGAGAAUCAUUGGAGGUCAAAACUGUGAUGACACGGAGCGUCUUUAUCAUGUUAGGCUGGAGAGCAGCAAUGGUACUCAUGUGAGCCGCUGUGGAGGAUCUCUGAUCCACCCUCAGUGGAUCUUGUCUGCAGCUCGCUGCUGGCUGUCAGACCCAGGAUGGACUAACAGAGCAUUCUUAAAAGUUCAUCCAAGGACUGUUAUAAAGCACAGCCAGAUAAUCCGAGACUCACCUGUGACUUUCAGCGAGUUGCAUGACAUCAUGUUGCUGAAGCUUGAGAAACCAGUAACAGAUGUCCCACUUGCUCGGCUGCCAGACUGCAACUAUCGUCUUAACAUAGGUGAUAUUAUUCAGCUGGCAGGAGAGGGAGGAACAACAACUGGCCCCAAUAAUCAGCGAUUACCUCCUGGUGGUGCUGUUUCACGAUAUCUUCAAUGUGUCGACAUGAAAGUUGUUUCUGUUUCCAUCAUCAUCCCGACAUUUGGGCAUGUAUUGUAUGCUGUAGCACCGAACAAGGAUAUUUGUUUUAGCGACCCUGGUGGAGCAGUGAUGUACAACGACCUGAUUUAUGGCAUUAUUUGUCUUGGUGGACCAGAUGCAUGUCAGAGACCAGUUGCAAUCAUCGAUGUCUGUGAAUACCUGUGGUGGAUAAAAGUAGCAACUGGGAUUUGAUGAAACAUAAACUAUCAAGAAAUAAAAGUCUCAUCAAAUUUCGACCCACAUAUCUCAUAAUUGUAUCUGCGUCGGUUUGAUCCACAUGUUUGUAGAGUUAGAAUAAAUCAAUAGUUUAGUUUUUUCUCAUCUGAUCUUGACUUUCUCUGCCUCAGUAAUGAAAAUUGAAUUAAU